AUGAAGUUGGGGAUGAUGGAAGCCUGAGGACGGCAGGUCUGAGCUGUAUGUUCAGAAAUGAUUUAAAGAGGUGUGUCUGUAUGUGAGGUGAUGAUGGAGCAUGUGGUAAAGGAUGCGGUAAACAUCGGCGCUGUGGUGCAGGGAACAUUACUGCUGCUGACGGGAACCUUAAUGCUGAUUCUGCUGCACAGAAUUUUUGGUGUCAAGAAUUGGAGGAAUCAAUCAGCUCUUCCAGGUCCCGGUUGGUGGUUGGGUCUGGGGCCGGUUCUGAGUUACAGUCGGUUCCUCUGGAUGGGCAUCGGCACGGCGUGCAACUACUACAAUGAGAAAUACGGCAGCAUCGCUCGAGUUUGGAUCAAUGGAGAAGAGACUGUUAUACUAAGCAAGUCCUCCGCUGUGUACCAUGUCCUGAAGAGCAAUAAUUACACAGGGAGGUUUGCCAGUGCCAAAGGUCUGCAAUGCAUAGGUAUGUUUGAACAAGGCAUCAUCUUCAACAGCAACAUCGCAAAGUGGAAGAAAGUGAGAACAUACUUCACUAAAGCUCUUACAGGUCCAGGUCUCCAGAAGUCAGUAGAGGUGUGUGUGAGCGCCACCAACAGACAGCUUGACGUCCUGCAGGAGUUCACAGACGCCUCAGGACAUGUGGAUGUGCUCAAUCUCCUGCGCUGCAUCGUGGUGGACGUCUCCAACAGACUCUUCCUAAGAAUCCCUCUCAAUGAGAAAGAGUUACUAAUAAAGAUCCACCGGUAUUUCAGUACCUGGCAGACGGUUCUCAUACAGCCCGAUAUUUUCUUCAAACUGGACUUUGUGUACAGAAAAUACCACCUGGCAGCAAAAGAGCUGCAGGAUGAAAUGGGAAAGCUUGUGGAGCAAAAGCGACAGGCCAUCAAUAACACAGAGAAGCUAGAUGAAAUGGACUUCGCAACAGAGCUGAUAUUUGCUCAGAACCAUGAUGAGCUGUCUGUGGACGACGUGAGGCAGUGUGUGCUGGAGAUGGUGAUCGCUGCUCCAGACACGCUCUCCAUCAGUCUGUUCUUCAUGCUUCUGCUGCUAAAGCAAAACUCUGCUGUGGAAGAGCAAAUCGUACAGGAGAUACAGUCUCAGAUAGGCUCGCGAGAUGUAGAGUCUGCUGACUUGCAGAAACUGAAUGUUCUAGAGCGCUUCAUCAAAGAGUCCCUGAGGUACCAUCCGGUGGUGGAUUUCAUCAUGAGGCAGUCUCUGGAGGAUGACUACAUUGAUGGCUACCGGGUGGCAAAGGGGACAAACCUAAUCCUGAACAUUGGACGCAUGCAUAAGACAGAGUUCUUCAAAAAACCCAACGAAUUCAGCUUGGAGAACUUCGAGAACACUGUUCCCAGUCGUUACUUCCAGCCAUUCGGUUGUGGUCCGCGGGCCUGUGUUGGGAAGCACAUUGCUAUGGUGAUGACGAAGGCCAUCCUAGUAACCAUGUUAUCAAGGUUUACAGUUUGUCCUCGUCACGGCUGCACCAUCAGCACCAUCAGACAGACCAACAACCUCUCCAUGCAGCCAGUAGAAGAAGAUCCCGACUGCCUGGCCAUGCGCUUCAUCCCGCGAGCUCAAAACAGCAACGGAGAAACAGCGGACAACCGCACCUCAAAGGAAUAAACAUUUCAAGGCGCACAGAGUAAAUUCCUUGCACUUAACAAAGAGUUAAAGAUCAAUUGUUUUUCAAUAUGAUGUUCAACUGAACUUACCUUAAACAUAAAAUUGUACUAUUUAGAUUUCUUCGACCAAGAGUCGAAAUUAUUCGCCAAUUGAUGUUUAGCAAAGCAAGGCAUUUGUCACAGUAUUUUCUUGUAAUAUUUUUUCCUCUGGAGAAAGUCUUAUUUGUUUUAUUUUGGCUAGAAUAAAAGCAGCUUUUAUUUAAUUUUAAACCAUUUUAAGGUCAAUAUUAUUAGCCCCCUUAAGCAAUAUUUGAUUCAGAUGGUCUACAAAACAAACCACUGUUAUACAAUGACUUGCUUAGUUACCAAAACUUGCCUAAUUAACCUAAUUAAGCCUUUAAAUGUCACUUUAAGUUGAAUAAUAGUAUCUUAAAAACAUCUACAAAAGAGUAUGUACUGUCAUCAUGGCAAAGAUAAAACAGUUAAGUCAUUAGAAAUAAGUUAUCAAUUAAAACUAUAGUUUAGAAAUGCGCUGAAAGAAAUAUUCGUUCCCUUAAACAAAAAUUGAGGGAAAGUAUACAGGUGGCUAAUAAUUCUGACUUCAACCAAAGAGCUUAGAAUGACCAAGAGGCGACACUCAAUAGAACGUUCCAUUGCAACAGCAGCGCCCAGCAACAGCCCUGGAUUUCGCCAUUUUGAAGUGAAAGUGAUCGGCCGUCCAUUGGAUCUCAUUACUUUUGUGAUGGCAAGCAGCUGCUUUGUUUUUUAUGUAUCUAUUUAAAAAGCAUAUUAAAGCUGAGAUACAACCUGAAAGACGACAAUACAACACUUACUAUCACAAUCAUCAGCACUUUUAAUAGUUUAUUUUACAGACUAAUAAUAUACUGUUAUUCUAUUGGAGUUUUCAUUCCAAAAUGGCCGUCCUCUAGUGGCUGUUUCCCAAAUUACACUAGAGCGUCGCCUUUUGGUCAUUCUAAGCUCUUUGCUUCAACUCUAUAAUGACAUUGAAGAUUUUUAAAGAUGCACAAACUCAAAAACAAACACAAGCAACUAGUAGGUAGUUAAACGUAGAGGGUUAAAAAUGGCAAGAACAACUAAAUACUGGGUAAUCUGUUCUGUAACGUACUGAUCAGUACUACCAAAGUGAUUUUUGCUAGUAGACCAUGUGGUGAUGUCAUUACACUCUUGAAAAUUUCCUGCAUGUUGUCAAACUAAUACAUAACAAACAAGAGGUAAAUCUAUCCUAACUUAUCGUUAAAACAGCUAUUAUAAUAUUAUGUAUCAAUAUAUGGACCUUUUUAUAUUAUCAGAAGCUGUAGUAAUUAAGAAACAGAAAAUGUUAUUCAGGGUGUCCGUGGGGUCUUAAAAAGUAUUAAAUGUUGAUCAAUCAAUUUAGAGAAAUUUUUAAGGCCCUUAAAAGGUAAUAAAAGGUUUUUUUUUUUACAAGGUAUUAAAUUUUGCAUCAUUUUUGAUUCUACAAUGUAUAGUUGCAUGCUAAAGUUUGCCUGAAUUUUAUUGGAAUGUUAGGCUGCUGUGUAGUUUACGAAAUGGAUAAAAUCCUGCAGUUCUGUAGAUGCCACUUAGCGUUUUUAUUCAGUAUAUGGAUGUUUUAAUUUAGGAUUAGUUUGUUGCAAUCAGUAUUUAGUAAAUAUACUGUGUAUUAAAAUGUCGCAAAUGUUACCGUGUGAAACCUAAAGUGGCGAUGAGGUCUUAACAUGUAUGGAAAGAGUCGUAAAAAAGGUCUUGAAAUGUCUCUUUGAUUGCUGUAUAAACUGUUAAUGUUUACAUCCCUCAAAAUAGUCUACAGAUGUAAAAUCUUGCAUUUUAUGAUCUGUAAUCUGUAUUCAACUACAAUGUCAACUGAUUUAACUUCCAUGAUGUGUUAUAUUUCUGAGAUAAACGGCAGGUUAAUUGAGAAAACAGACAGUGAAAAAUGAAAUGAGUGGCUAACAAUGAGGGAAGAGGACGUUGCUUUAAAGGUUGGGCAAGUAACUUUUUAAAAAGUUUAUGAAGGUGAAUAACACCUUCCACAGCCAUAUCACCCUGCAGCCCAAGACUGGUUACUCAUGUAAGCUAAGCAGGGCUGAGCCUGGUCAGUAACUGGAUGGGAGACCACAUGGGAAAACUAGGUUGCUGUUGGAAGUGGUGUUAGUAAGGCCAGCAGGGGGCGCUAAACCUGCAGUCUGUAUGAGUCUUAAUGCCCCAGUAUAGUGAAGGGGACACCAUACUGUCAGUGAGCUCUGUCUUUCGGAUAAGAUGGUCCUGACUCUCUGUGGUCAUGAAAAAAAUCCCAUGGCACUUCUCGUAAAGCGCAGUGGUGUAAUUCUGGUGUCCUGGCCAAACGGAACUAAAUAUUGUCAGUUUUUAUGCGCUACAAAAAUAGUUUACAGUAGUUUACUGCUUGGGGUUGAUUGUAUCAUGCAUCUUUUAUAUUUUUUCUAACAUUUAAUUAGUAUCAAAACAUGCUCUGAUAAUGUAAAAGUCUUCUAACAAAACUGUUUAAUAAUUACAUCAGCCAAUAAAAUGAUCUGAAAAUAAUGCCAAA